CGGGGCGGAGUGAACAUGCUCCUGCGACAAGCGCUGCCUCACGCCGGUCUCUCUUCUUCUCGGUCACGUCAAGUCAUUGUCUGACUCGUGCUCUGACUUUGAAACGUUUGGCAUUUUAGAAAUCGCUUUGCUGUGAGUGCGGUAAAUCCGUCGAAUAGAAGCACUCUGUUUAUCAGUGUAAAGUAUGAACCUGGGAAACACCCGUGCACUGGCAACUCGUAGCCUCCUUCCUCCUGCAGACAGGUUUUGUGUCGCUGUCAGGACCUCUGCAUGACUGUGCCAGCGGAGAUGCUGGCUUCGAGAACGCAUGAAAAGAUUAUGCAGAGUCCGGUGGUUGAGUGGACAUAGCUGAAAGGCUAUCUCAUAGCGCUCGCAUAAGUAUUAUGUAAGAAGAGGACAUGUGCACGCUGAGGGAUUCGUGGCUCCGCCUGGGGAUCUCAUGGCUGGCGUUGGGCUGCCUGGCCGCGGGCGCGAGCGUGGACUGGGAGGUCAAGCUUUCCCCGGACACCAGCAUGGGAGAGGAGCAGCACUUCCUCAAGGAACCCAAGGCUCAAAUCGCCGUCGUAGGAUCCACGGUGAUCCUGCCCUGCAAGGUGGCCAACAAGGUCGGUCACUUGCAGUGGACGAAGAACGGCUUCGGGAUGGGCAUGCAUCGGGACCUCCCAGGGUUCGACCGCUUCUCCAUGGUCGGCACAGAUGAUAAAGAGGACUUCAACUUGAGGAUCCAGCCGGUGGAGCUGGAGGACGACGCCGUGUACCAGUGCCAGGUGUCUGCGGGCGUCGACCGGCAGGGCAUGCGCUCGCGCCAGGCCAAGCUCACCGUGUACGUCCCGCCGGAGCCGCCGCGCGUGCAGCCGCUCGUCCUGCGCGUGACCGCCGGCAUGAACGCCACGCUCGAGUGCGAAAGUCGGGGAGGCCGCCCCGAGGCCCAGGUGCAAUGGCGGGACGACAGCACAGGCAAGAUGAUCACCUCGGGCGUCACGGUCCUCAAGGACAAGCUGCCCGACAAGAAGCGCGUCACCGUGCGCUCACUGCUCACCUUCUUCCCCAAGAAGUCGCACCACAACUCCACCGUCACCUGCGUCGCCUCCAACGACGCCACGAGCGCCCCGCUCUCCAGGUCGAUCUUCCUCCACAUCCUCUUCUCACCGGAGGUACAAGUGAUCAUGUACCCGAACGUACUGACGGAGGGCGCCGACGCUACCUUCGUGUGCAAGGCUGAGGCAAACCCCAGCCAAGUCACCUACAAGUGGUAUAUCAAGAGCCAACUGCUGGCCAAUGAGACAAGCCGAUCACUCACUGUGCGAAACCUCACCAGUGAUUUCCAUCGUAACGCAGUUUCGUGCGAGGUCACGAACUCCGUCGGCAGUGCAAGGAAGUCGCGGCGCGUGUGCGUCCAGUACGGGCCGAGGUUCAAGACGCGGCCCCAGGACAUGGUGGCGGACGAGGGCAUGGAGGUCGUCCUGGUGUGUAACGUCGACUCAAAUCCUGAGCCGGAGAUCACGUGGUAUCAGGAGGGAAGCACGGAGCCGAAGGGGGUCGGAGCCGAGCUGCGCGUGGUGGUGGGGCAGUCCACGGCGGGGGUGUACAGGUGUGUGGCGUCGGUGCGCGGGUUCCCGGACCUGCAGGGGCACAUGAGAGUCCUGCUGAAGGGGCCGCCGCAGAUCGUCAGCUCGAGCGACCAGCAGGGCAGGAAGGGGGAGACCGUCUCGCUGGAGUGUAGUACUGUCUCCAUCCCGAGUCCCAUAAGGGUCACCUGGACUUACAACGGCCAGGAAAUUGAUUUUAGUGACCCCCGCUACGACCUGGUGGAGGACGAGGAGAAGGAGGGCGUGCGCAACUACCUGGUGAUCCACGACGCCGACGAGGAGGACUUCGGGGCCUACAACUGCUCGGUCGUGAAUGAGUACGGAGUCGCCCAGAUGCUCAUCCGCCUCAAGCAGGAGAAGACGCUGCCCGUGUACGCACUGGUGUGGGGCAGCCUCGGUCUCAUCGUUACAGGCCUCGUGGUGACCGGCAUCAUCGUGUGCACGCGACGCCGGGCCAUCAUCCGAGAUACCCCGAUGCCAGAAAAGCCCCUUUCAGUGAUGGUCGUACCUGGACUGCCAGCUGUUAACAUGUACUCUGUUUCCUCCGACUCGAAGCUCUGGCAGGACCUCACCCCUACUCCCACGCCCACGCGCACGUCCACGCGAUCUCACCUCAACAUGGACGCUUUGACGCCUACUGCUACUGUCCCGCCUACACAUACGUUUAGCAGCCUCAGCCAGGACUCCGACAGGGCAUUCAUCUUCGAUCCUGACGCCGAGGGGGGCCGAGGCUACAUUCCCUUCGUCGACUACGACAGCUGGGAUUACGCGCCGCCAUCCACGGGUCGCCGGGUCUCUUGCAACGACGUGGGCCUCUACACCGACCCCACGCCCUCGCCCCCGGAGGAGCUUCCCGUCCCCAACUUCUGCACCAUCAGGAGGGGCGCCAGAGUCCGGGACAUGACUGUCAACGAGGCUGGCGAGACUAAGCUUGUGCCUGCCGAUCACCGCACCGCCACGCUUCCUCGUCGCAGCUGUGGUGCUUCAAGCGUCAAAGUGCGAGACGUUGCUGCUUUUUCUCCGCCUCAGGAUACCUCUCCCUCCCGUUCCUUCACCCCCCCUCCGCCCUAUUCACUCGAGGAUUCCCUGAGUUCUCCACAGGUCACUCAUAAUGGGUCAGCUCAGGUCAGGCCCCCAACACCUCCGAAGAGACACAAGGGGCACACGCACAGCACCUCUAGCUUCCACGACUGGAUCUUGCCCAAGUCCGAGUACAUCAUCCCCCCGGGCGGCGGGAGCCUCAUGUUGGGCGUGCAGGUGUAGUUCGCCGACGCGGACUUUUCCCUCAGGAGAGGCCUUUACCUGUCACACGCCGCCUUGGAGUCUCAUUUGUCUGGGUGAUGAACACCUCAUAUUGAUACAUUCUUACUGCAGAAUACACAAAUCUGCUUGCCAUGGAUCAUAUACAUACAUACAGAUCGACACCCAUAUCAGCACACACACACACACACACACACACACGACUGUAUGUAAGGUAUGCAUGAUAAAAUACAAAGCUUAGCAGCAGAGCCUCUUUCACAUUAUGGGUCCCUUCGGCUUCUUUAUAUUGCUGGAAUAAGAAAACCAGUAAGCAUCAGUUUAUGCCCAUACAAUAAACACGCGAGGCGAUGUGGUGGUGCCAUUCUCUCUGAGACAGCAUAAGAUACUCUCUUCAAGUAAGGGCAUUAUUACCUUCUGCGCUUUUAUAUAUAUUGUACUGCCUGGAGGUAAUCUGCCCACACAUACACACACACACACACACACACACACACACACACACACACACACACACACACACACACACACACACACACACACACACACACACACACACACACACACACACACACACACACUCGGGCGCGCGCGCGCACAGACUGUAUGUGUGUGAAAUGGAACUCCUCAGCAAUACAUUUGUUAGUUUUGAGGUAAUUUGAAGGCGGCGACGUUAAAGACACGAGAGAAAAUUAGCAGGAUACAGAUGAAUCUGUCGACAGAAUCCUUUGGAGUGACGGUCAACAGGACCAGGAUUUUCUAUUUGUAUUACAGAUUUUGCAUAUUUUCAUUGUCAGAAAUCAUGGCAACGGCUUUGACCACUUAGCGGCGGUAGCGUUUUUUGAUCUCAGUUUGUGCAAAAUGAACUGACUACUUUUAAAGUGUUUUUCUAGGUGGUAAAACAGUUACGUAUGUGCUUCACGUGUGUGGCUUAUGAUGUAUCAUGAGACUUUUAACAAGUAAGUGCAGCUUACGUUUUGUAGCAUUUUCAUCUUUUUACACGAAACUUGCAUAAUUUUGUAUUCAUACAUAUAGAUGAAUAGUUUUCAGUUCAUGCACCGUGAACUUCAGCUUCAGUAAAACAGAGCACAAACACAAGAAAAUACGUAAAAACUGGACGCUCAGAGUCCUUGUCAAUUCUAACACAAUCUCCGUCUCCUCGACAGGCCCAAAUACUGGAAAAGUCUAGCAAACUCUCCCAGCAAUGUAGUCAAACGCCUAAUACAUAAGAUAUGUGUCUCUAUAGAGUGUGGAAUAGAACGCUUACCAUAGUAUUCGUUUUAUAUGGAGCGCAGUUGCAGUAAGGCCUACGUAUCUCGCGCUUGAUAUGGCAGUGGCUGUUCGUCUCCUUUAGCACUCGCACUGGCGCUGUUCUGAAUACAUUUGGGGGCGAGAGCGUCGCACCACAUUAUGAGCAUUGUGUAACCCACCCAUUCCAAAGACCGUUCCAAAGGUUUUGUUUUCUGCCACCCCAAUGAAUCUCACCAUAGGAUAUCCCGACGGUAUGGCAGCGGAAAACAUUGUCUAUACCUGCACAAUUUAGAGGACUGUCUCACUGGCGAAAUGUUAGUAGAACUCUGCUGUGAACUAGAUAUUUUAAAAUGCAAGAAAAUCUGAUUUCCAUUGGAUUAUCCUUAUUGUACUAAAAUUGCUUCAUUUUUCUCCGUCUUCUCUUAGACUACCACCUACUGCUUAUGUCUCUUGUCCUUUCAACUCCCUCUUUUAGAAACCUGUUUUAGAGGAACGAACUGCAGCAAUUGCAUGGAACUUGUAAACAGUCCUUCAUUCUAUGAUAAUGCUGUGAAUUAUGGUUUUGUUUGUACAAUUUCGAUAUAGAACUUUGGGCAAUAAAAUAUUUUAAGUAAA